CCCGGCGACUCUCUUCCGGCCUCCUUCUUCCCGCCCCUUCCGCUUCCGGUUUCCCAGACAGCGAAGGCAGCGGUUUUUUUGUGAAUGGUUGACGUUGUUGUAAGCCUUUGUGUGGAGCCAGAAGAGGAAAAAAAUGGCGUCGACAAAACUGAAGAUGAGUAAGAGUAAGGACGAUGUGCCCCAUGAGCUGGAGAGCCAGUUUAUUCUGCGACUGCCUCCAGAAUAUGCGUCUACAGUGCGGAGAGCAGUGCAAUCUGGGAGUGUCAACUUGAAGGACAGGCUCACCAUUGAACUUCAUGGAGAUGGGCGCCAUGGGAUUGUGCGAGUUGACCAUGUCCCAUUAGCUGCCAAACUGGUGGACUUGCCUUGCAUCACUGAAAGCUUAAAAACUAUUGAUAAGAAAACUUUCUAUAAGACAGCAGAUAUAUGUCAGAUGCUUGUGUGCACCAUAGAUGGCGAACUCUACCCCACUGUGGAAGAGCCGGUUGUCAGUACCGAUCCGAAAGCCAACAAGAAGAAGGACAAGGAUAGAGAGAAGAAAUUUAUCUGGAACCAUGGAAUUACUCUCCCACUGAAGAAUGUGAGAAAGAGGCGGUUCAGGAAGACAGCUAAGAAGAAAGCCCAGUACAUUGAGUCUCCAGAUGUGGAGAAGGAAGUGAAACGCCUGCUGAGCACCGAUGCUGAAGCUGUCAGUGUUCGCUGGGAAGUCAUUGCUGAAGAUGAAACAAAAGAAGCGGACAACCAUGGUUCCCUCACCAGUCUGGAUAUUUCUUCUCCCAGGAUGUCUGGGCACAAGCAAAGCCAUGGUUCCUUGGUAGAACAUGAUGAGCUCCGGGAGCUGUUCAAGGAUGUCAGCAGCACCAGCAGCGAUGAGGAUGAGCGGGAUCGCCAUGAUGACGAAGACCUGAACAUAAUGGACACCGAAGAAGAUCUGGAGAGGAGGCUGCAGGGGAAGAUGAACGAAAACAGUGGGCAGCAGCAAGAAAACGAAGGGGCCAAUCAGAUAGCGAUGGGCAUCCAGAAGCAGAUUGACAACCUGAAGGGCAAGCUGCAGGAGACCCAAGAGCGCAGGAAGCGCCAAGAAGAACUCAUCAUGAAAGUCGAGAACCUGGCGCUCAAGACUCGUCUCCAAGCUGUGCUGGAUGAGUUCAAACAGCAGGAGGAGCGAGAGAAGCAGCAGCUGGCCUCCCUCCAGGAACAACUGGAAGCCAUUAUGGAGAAGUGAGGCCCCAUUUGAAUCUCCCAGCGGUGCCGUGAUACCACUUUCAGAGUGUCUGAAUGUUCCUUUUGUGCUCCAGACAUUGGAUUCUCCAAUUUCUGAUUCAGGGGGAUCUAUGGCUGACAGCUCAGGCAAGCACUAGCGACUGUAAGGAUUUCCCCUUGUUCCAAAGCUGCUGUCAUAUAGAUAACGGACUAGACAUUCAGGCACAUUUUUGAAACGAGGAAAGUUCUCUGAAGUACGAAGCCUGUUCAUUUCGCUGCAGUCAUCUUGGUCUCUGGAGGCGACUUAAUCUUUCCUUCUUUUUCAUGGAACUGUGCAAAACUCUUAGGUUUUUAGAGGCAUUGGACUUUUGGCAUUACAGGGCGAAACAUGUGGAAAGUCAAAGUUUGCUCCCUCUAGCUGAAGUAUUGCUUGCCCAAAGAAGGGGAAACCUUCCUUCCUGUGUUGGGAUUUUAUUAAAAUUGUGUUUGCAAAAAAGAAAUAAAAUGCAAAUUAA